AUGACGAAAGACGCAUAUGUGGUGCUUCAGAGAGAGAAGAAGCUGGAAUUUGGGAUCAAAGGGUUGAAUGCGAAGAUGGGAGUUGUUGGACGGCUGACGAGUGUAGGGGCGGGGUAUGAGAGGCGAGAUGAAGAAGGGGGAAAUGAAGACGAGGAUGAGCUGUGGGAGUUGAGAGAUUUGGCUGAGUUGGAGGAGAGGGACAGAUGGUUUUGGGAGGCAGCUGAGGGUGACUUUUUGCGUGGGGCAAGGAAGGAGAAAGAUUUGGUCCAGGUGACCACCGCGAUGGAGGAAUUGGCGAUGAAUCCGUGGAGGAGUUAG